AAACUGAAAGUGGAGGGCUUGGGCCGCGGCUAGGCGGGACCCGGCGCCGCGCCGCUCCGGCUCGCAUCCCCGCCCCGUUCGAAGCGCUUGAGCGUCCCGGGCCGAGUAUGGCCGAGAAUUUCGACCGAGCUCCCGGUGCCGGUCGAGGUCGGGGCCGCGGAGGUAGCGUUCUCGCCGGCGCGUCGGAGAGCAGCGGCGGGGCCUGCCCCGGAGGCGGUGGUUCGCACGGCCCCGGCGCGGUCGAUCAGCAGCAGAACAAAACGAGCGGCUUCCUCCCCCAGCAGGAGCCCCUGCGGCCUCCGAGGACGGCGCCGCUGGGCACUGGAAGCGCAGAGCACCUGCAACAGACAAGAAUCCCGUCUGGAUCACGAGUUUCAGUUCCUACUGCUGGACCAGAAAUGGCAAAACCUCAGGUGGCUGUGACUCCUGUGGCAAUGUCAAAGUUGUCAGUUAAAGCACCUGAGUUUUAUCCAUCAGGAUACAACCCAAACUUCAAUCAGAACUUGGCAGAUUCUUCCUUUGAAGAUGGAUAUGGUGGCUAUCUGACUUUGGCAGAAUAUGUACAAGGCUUCCUAAACCAUCUCACUGAGCAACCAGGUUGUUUUGAAACUGAAAUAGAACAGUUUGCUGAAACGCUGAAUGGCUGGGUCGUUACAGAUGAAGCUUUGCAAGAGCUUGUUGAUCUCAUCUAUCAGCAGGCCACAUCUGUCCCAAACUUUUCCUACAUGGGAGCAAGGUUAUGUAACUAUUUAUCUCACUGUCUAACCAUUAGUCCACAAAGUGGGAACUUCCGACAGUUGUUACUUAAAAGGUGUCGAGCAGAGUUUGAAAAUAGAGAUGAAGCUGCAAAAGGAGAUGAAGCUACUCAAAAACAAUUUCAUGCCUUUGUAUUGUUCUUAGGUGAACUUUACCUUAACCUAGAGAUUAAGGGAACAAAGGGACAGGUAACACGAGCAGAAAUUCUUCAAGAAGGCCUUCGAGAAUUACUAAAUGCGCUUUUCUCUAACCCUGUGGACAGUAAUUUGAUAUGUGCUGUGAAGCUGCUGAAGUUGACAGGCUCAGUUUUAGAAGAUGCUUGGAAAGAAAAAGGAAAGGAUGAUAUGACUGAAGUGAUUCAGAGAAUUGAAAAUGUUGUAUUGGAUGCAAACUGUAGCAGAGAUGUGAAGCAUAUGCUUCUGAAACUAGUAGAACUGCGAUCAAGUAACUGGGGUAGAGUUCUUGGAACUUCUUCGCAUACAGAAGCUACCCCUGAAAAUGACCCAAACUAUUUUAUGAAUGAGCCAACAUUUUACACUUCUGAUGGCAUUCCUUUCACUGCAGCAGAUCCAGAUUACCAAGAAGAAUACCAAGAGCUGCUUGAAAGAGAGGACUGGUUCCCAGAUUAUGAAGAGAAUGGAACAGAUUUAUCUGGAGCUGGAGAUCUAUACUUUGAUGACAUUGAUGAUGAGAUGGAUCCAGAAAUUGAAGAAGCGUAUGAAAAAUUCUGUCUAGAAUCUGAACAUGGGAGAAAACAGUGAGAAGUUACACAUAAAUAUUAAAUAUGUUUGCUAAAGCAGUUUAGGUAUGGUUAGAGUGUAAGGGGAUGCAUAAAUUGAAACAUUUGUACCAAAAUAAGGAAGUUAAGUUUCUCCAACAAUUGAAGAUACAGUUUCCCUUUUGUUAAACAGAAUCUGCCAAAAAUUGUAAUCACAUGCCCUGUAUCUUAAAAUGUUGUGUAUAUAUCAUAGUUUAUUUUAUGUACAGGUAUACGGACAAUGUUUUGGCUGCAAUAAAAAUUCAACUUAAAAAUAUCGUAAUGGAAAUUAAAUUUUAACUAAAGCGGAACUGUCCCAUGAAAUUUCUCUUGUGGGAGAAAGGAAAGAACAAUUUGAUCUUUUAAUUGCUUGCUUCUAAUAUGCAGUAGAACUCUCCCAUCUCUUUUAUCACAUGCAAGCUAUCCUUUUUUUGUUGUUUUUGUUUGUUUUGUUGCUUUUUUUAUUGCUAAGGAGAGUAUGAUCCAAAUACAGAUUAUCUCUGUAGAUUUCAAUCAUGGAAUCAUGAGAAGUAGUUUGUGAAGAUUUUGUGUCUUGUGGGUUGUUUUGUGGGGAUAUCUAUAUAUAAUCAUAUAUAUAUAUACACACUUCUUUUUUUUUUUUUUUUUUUUUUUUUUUUGCUUUGUUUCUUCCCUCUUUCCUCUACCCUUUUGUGUGAAGUCUGGACACAUUAACAUGAAAUAUGGGGAUAUUGUGAAAAACUAAGCUGUAUUUUAUAAGUCAGGUGCUUUCAAGAUCUGUGGUUCAGAUAAGCUUAUUUCUAACUUUUACGAGCAAAAACUAUCCUUUAAAUAUUCUUUAAAUUUGCCGUGUUCUUCAAGACUACAUGAAUAGUUAUGGUUGAACCAGUGCUCCUCAAGAGUAUGUGCAGUGCUCGAUAUAUUUUUGAAUGUAUCUAACAUGUCUAACCUUCUGGCAACACUUGUAAUUUUCUCCAUCCUUCUAAUUAUUUUAUAUAAGUUGUCUUAAUUUUGUAGUUUGAGUAUGUUCAUGUAUUUCAUAAAUGUUAACGUUCUGAAACUGACUGCUCUUUUUUGACUCAAUAUAAUCAUGUUAGUCUAUAAAUUCCAUUGUUGCUCUUGUUGCCAAACUCAGUUGUACUGUUUCUUGUUAUCUGUUUCUGGUUAGACUAAGUAGAAUCCCUUACUACACAAAUACACACACACAAAAAAAAAAAAAAAAAAAAAAAUCCUAAACAGUAGCUACUGUAAAGAACUUGUUGUUGUAAAUAUGCAUGUAAAUAAUUCUGUUAAUAUUUCACUGUAAUACGUUUGGUUAAAUGACUUGUGCGUCUGCUAAUACAGUGAGCACUGUUUUCUGGGUGUUUAUUGAACAUUCAUUUAGGUUGGAGUUUUGGAAAAUAAAAUUUAACUAGCUUUGUUUCCUUUGUUAUAUUUUCACUGUUUUGCCUUUUUGCUUAAAAAAAGAAAAAAAAUUUUUGAUUCCUCUGUAUUUCUCCUACCUGCAAAAGUCCUCUUUUUCUUUAAAGUAGCUGCUGCAGAGAGGAUGCAAAAUUUAUAGAAGGAUAGUAGCGGUCAGCAGAUCUGUAUUAACAUUUCAGAGUCUUUAGAUGAAAACCCAAGAAGCAGAAACGUGUAAAUUAAAUUAUUUUCAGAUGAAGAUACUUAACACGUGCAUUCUCUGACAUUAGAUUGUGCGUAAUUUUCUUUAAAAAUUUCAAUUCACAUGUAGGUCAGUCUUCUUACGACUUUACAAGCAGAUUUCUUGUGUAAAACAUAUUUCUGAAAAUGGAAAUUCUCAGUAGCAUGACAAAGGAAGAGGGAUUUGCAAAAUUCAUUACAGUAAAUUAAGAGCUUCUUCAGGGGACUCUGCCUUACAUGUUCAAAUGUGCACCUCUUGAGCAGCAUGUUUUUAUGAAAACCAGGAUACAUACACUAUCUGUACAAGCUGAUGUACGUGUCUCACAUGUAAUUAAGAAAAUACCCUAAGUCAUCUUGUAUAAAAAUGUGAAUUAGGAACUGUAUAUUUUAGGCAAUCCAGAUCAAUACUUACAAAAUAGGCUUUUUCUGUUUUUCCAGGAAAAAUAAUGAGAGCUGAAUAUUGGGACUUUCAUUCAAGGUAGUGGAGAUUCUACGUACACAAGGUUUGUGAGAGCUUUAGAACAGCUUUACUACAGUAAGGAAAAACUGGCUUUAAGUCUCCUUUACUCAGUAAGGAAGACAAUAUUGUGUUUACCAUGAGAAUACAACAGUCUUUCGUGCUUAUCUUAAAUCUCACAGGAGUCUAAUACAAAUUACUGACAAUGGAAUGAGAUGUAAGGGUGCAGAAGAAGGAAAUGGGCUUUGCUUUGCAACAGUCACCAUUUGCUGCUUAUCUGACCAGUUUUUAACAGCCAGCAGCUCUUCUAUGUAUCAUAGAGGUGAGCCUCCAGAUGUUUAAGGAUGAUUUCACCUAUGCUUCAACAUUUACAAAUUAGUAGUGUACUGUGUAAAAGUGCUUUUUAUCUAUAAGCUUCUAAACAUCAACUUGCAGGUGAACAAUUCUUUAAAGAGAUGCUUUCUUUGUGGCACAGUGCUAAGCCAACGAAGUUAAUGGUAGCAUGGAAACUUGAAGAGAGAAGCAAAGCCAACUUUUUACGUACAGUUCCAACAAGAAAUGUUCAUGGAAUCUGAAUUGUUCUUGUGACCAACUGAUUAACUUCACGCCACAAAAAGUAUGCACAAUAUAUGCACAACUCUUGGCAAAGAGUGAUUUUUGUGAUUGAGAGAAAGCGUUUAGUACUAGAUCUCACAUUGCUUAAAGUCAUUUAACGCAGGGCUGCAGGACACGUUGCUUUGCAUGCCAUCUGCUGUGAAUAAGUUUCAUAUUCAGAAACUUUCUCAGCAAUUUCUUUCUGCUAAGAACUUUUGCUAUUGGUCUACUUUAAUUAGGAAAAUAUCACUAAGCUUUUGAAUUUUGCUUUUAAGAGUAAUUGUAGUGCUACAGAAAGAAGUCUGGAUCAAGUAGGACAGGUGCCUAUGAUUAUGCACAGUUAGGAUUAUUUUCAAGUGACAUCCAUUGUGGCACUGAGCUUCACUGUCACUUGUUCUGCAUUGUUAGUUAUUUUUAUUUCUCUUGGGACUGGUAUUUCCAUAUCAUCAUGUUCUGCCUUUCUCUCCUUCCUACACAGAACUCACUCACUGAAUUAGUAAUAACUCAAAUUUGCAACUUUGCUUCUCUUUGACACAAUUAUAGUUCAAAUCAUCUCAGCCAUAGAUCCUUCCAGUUGAUACAGAUUUUCAAAAAUGAUGUUCCAGCCAAAAAUCAAGAAUGAUACUGCAUAUUUGUACUUCCUGAAUUGCUGAUGCCAUGUCUACCUACUUCAGUCUGCUUGACGCACUUCCACAGUUACCAAGUUUUGAGUUGUGACCCUAGCACUGUAGUUGCCAGCAAAAAACUACGCCAGCAUAAAUUCUCCAAUAUUUUAAAAUAUAAGAGAUGUACCAUUACUUGUAUUUUUAACAGAUAAAACCUGAAUAAAGACUAACCAAAACUAGAA